CUAAAUGCGUCAUUGCAAGUUGUAACUUGACUCUGUUCAGAGCGAGGCGCUUGUUCUGUUGUGGAAACAACAUUCUUGCUUAGUUGAAGACAGCAGUUCACCAUGGUCAAAUUAACUUUUAACUCCGCUCUGGGACAAAAAGAUUUAAAGAAGGAAGGCAAAGAUGAAGCUUUGAUUCCUGAGGAAGGGGAUGUGGAGGAGGGCGUCCGCGUACGCCAGCAGUCAAAGGCAUGGUGCUGGUGCAUGUGUCUGGGAUUGGCCCUCAUGCUGUCAGGUGUGGUGGUGGGUGGAGCUUACCUCUACAGGUACUACAUUAUGCAGGUUGAUGAUGAUGGUGCUGUUCUUCCUCAGGAGGGCGUGUACUUCUGCGGAGUGGAUUACCGUGAGGAGGAUUUCAUGAUCCAGGAGGAGGAGGAAGGGAUGGUGGAGAACCUGCCGUCUCAGCUCCGCAGGAUUGAAGAGCACUUCCGCAUUCUAGCCGAGGAGGAGGUGGAGCUCAUCAACGUCCCCGUUCCCGAGUUCAGCGACAGCGACCCGGCCGACAUUGUCCACGAUUUCAACAAGAGACUCACUGCCUAUCUGGAUUUGAGCCUGAAGAAAUGCUACGUCAUCCCUCUCAACACCUCCGUCGUCAUGCCUCCCAAAGACCUGCUGGAGCUGCUGGUCAACAUCAAGGCCGGGACAUACCUGCCUCAGUCAUACCUGGUGCAUGAGCAGAUGAUGGUGACUGAGAGAGUGGAGAAUGUGGAGGAGCUGGGCUAUUUUAUCUCCAGUCUGUGCAGAGGCAGGGACACCUACAGACUACAGCGCAGAGAUACCAUCCUGGGCAUCCAGAAGCGCGAAGCCCUCAACUGCCACAAGAUUCGCCACUUCGAGAACACGUAUGUGGUGGAGACCAUGAUCUGUGAGCCUUAGAGCCCAAACACCGGGGCGUGCAAAGCGGCCGGAGGAACCACUUUCGACAAAUUCCACUCGAGUGCAGUGCGAUGUGAAAAAAAACAAAACAAAACAAAACAAAAAACCCUCUCUCUGUUUUCGUUUAGAGCUCUUCCUGUUUCCUGUUUGUGGUGGUAUCUUGUUUUUUUCCCUCUCUCUCUCUCUCUCUCUCUGUACAGCAAAAAGCAGCUGGUAGCCUGAAUGGAGGGGGGCGGGGGGGGGGGGUGAGGGAAGGAGUUAUGAUGAUAAAAGUUCAGGGGUAAAAAAAAAGAAAAAGAAAAUGUUUUCCCUCCCUCUCUCUCUCUCUCUCUCUCUCUUUCUCUCCCGCCUUAGCAAUACUAUAUGUAAGAUAUAAGACCUUCUUGGGUGUGAAUUUGUUGUGUCACUCUGUGUCGAGUGAGUUGUUGUUUCCAUGUUUUAUCUCUCUGUUCAGUGGGGAAGGAUUAUUUUUGUAAGAAAGUUGCAUCUUCUCUCAGAGGUGAGAAAACUGCUGGUUUGAUUAAUUAAACAUACAGAAAAAAAAAACCCUUAAAAAAAAAAAAAAAAAAAUUUGCUAACUUGAAUAGGGGAAGGAGAGGGGGGGAGGGGGAAGUAUGUUUAAGAUUCGAGUAUAGGAAAGGUUACACUGUUGAGUGUUUUUUCUAUUACUGUGAAUGUGUGUCACAGCCCGAUUCAACAUUAUAAAAGAUAGAUUUGAGUAAAAGCAUAUAAACGUAUAGCCUAUAGAAGUAAGGAAAAUUUGCCUUUAAAUAAUAAAUAUUUGCAUAGUGAAUGAUUUUUGUACUAGUAAAAACCUGGAUAUUAAACUUCCCAGUCUAAAAUUCUCUUUCUUUUACUUUUUUACAGUUUUGUCUGCUGUAACUGAUAAAUAUAAUGGUAAAAUAUUUUCCUAGAUAGCAAUGAGCCAAUUAUUAAGAAUUGAAGGCGAAUAAAUAUAAUUUUCUUUCUAUUUGGAAAUAUUAAGAUCUUCAUUCCAACAUCCCAAUUCAAAAAAUUCAAAUUGAAGAAAAAAAAUUUAUAGCUUAUUAAUUCUUCAGCUGUUUAACACCAUUAUAGCAUUCAUUAGCAUUAAAGAGGAAAAAUAAUAUUCUUAGUUUAAAAUGAAUAUUCUUCAUAUAAAAAUUUAUAUCUGAUUUGUGCUGUAGAAGUUGAGCACCAGUUGUAAUGACUUGUGUACAUAACCUCUAUGUUGAGAUUAAUACCACAAUAAAACGUUCAAAACACUGAA